AUGCGGUCGACGAAGAAUAACUUGAACAGCAGAGUUCAGUUAGCGUUGGAAACUUGGAGUAAAAGAGCAUUAGCACAGACGAUCUUACUGACCGACCGAGUUGACGAAAACUUCGCUGGCGGUAAUCUACGACGAGUUGAAACAACAAGCUGCGGAUCAGGACAUUCCAGGCACGAUUUGACUUGCAAAGUGCAGCGGGCAAUCCAACUCGCGGCGGAAACUGCGUCCAAGUGGUUUUGCCAUGUCGAUGAUGACACAUUUGUCAACUUCGAAAAGCUGGAAGAGCUCCUGGCGACGAUGGAUUCGUCGAAGCUUCAUUUCAUCGGAAAACAGUCGAUCCCAGACGGAAUCCAGCUUCACUCAAGAACGGGCAGAAUUCAUUUUGCUACUGGGGGAGCAGGGUGGUGUCUGUCAAAGCCCCUGGUCAAUCAGCUGAGAGAUAUCGACCUGAUGGAAGAAGCCAGGAAGCUAGGAACACCGGAUGAUGUGACUCUUGGGGCAGUCGUUGGAGACAUGGGAGUUUCAAUAACAGAAGUGCACCAGUUCCACAGUCAUUUGGAAGGACUUCAGUGGUUAACUUCUCCAGAGACUGAGAUCACACUGAGCUACCCGCCCGAAGCGCUUGAAAACGGCGAUUUCCAACGAUCUAUCCGAUACGCCUCCUCUUCAGAUCCUACUGGUUUAUUGACCCUCUCGAAGAAGAUGAUGCUCUUGUAA